AUGUGCGUCCAGAUCAAGUGUGUAUCACUCACUUCUCACAUAUCGAUCUCAAUUCCUUCCAUUCGUCGCCUCCAUGUCUCCUUAGCAGCUCCUCUCAACGACAACAACUCCCCUCUCCGACAAAACAUCCCAUUUUUUGCGUCUGUGUUUCUGUGCUCGUUAUUGCAAAAAAACUUAGAUUCUUUCCCAUCAUCACCUCCAUGUCUCCGUAGCAGCUACUCUCAACGACAACAACUCCCAUCUCCGACAAUCAUCCCCUUUCUCGUCCUUUUCUCUGCAUCUUUGAGCUCAUUCUUGCCAAAAAAACCCAGUUCGACUGCUUCUGGUGCUUUUCAUAAUGCCUCAACUUGUGCUCCUCAAACAUCAGAAGAAGAGCACAGAAUUGAGGAUGAGUAUCUAGAGGGUGGUAGUUUUGGUGAGAGUGAGUUUAAUGGGGGUAGUCGGAAGGGAAAACAUAUGAUGGAAGAGGAAAUGGAGGGUUUACCAGGUACAAGAAGAAUGAAAAAAGGUCCUGGAAAUUCCAAAUAUUAUACCUUGUUGGAUGCAUUUUUGGAAUCAAUAGUCGCUAGAAAGGAAAGAGAUUUAGCAAGAGCAGAACAUUAUAAGUUAAAGUAUGGUGAUGUAACAAGCUCAUUGACCGAGGAAUACUCCAUUAGUGAUUGUAUGAUAACUUUAGAAGCUACACCUGGUGUUGGUGCAAGAUCUUACACUAAAGCAUUGUCCUUCUUUCCUGAUAUUAAUUGA